AUCCUGCGGCCGCCGCGUACCAUGCGACCUGUUUCCAAUUCUUCGCGGGCUGGUUGACGCUGACAGACACCCGACUCCGACACAAUCCUCCCCUUGUGCUCUCGUUCCUCGACUGUUCGUCCGUCCUCGCACGACGUCCCCCCCCCGCCAUGGCCGGAUUCGGUAGUCGAGUGGUCUCGAAGAUCAAGCUGGAUUCCAGCCGCGACUCGCGCUGGUCCAACGAAGAUCUGCUGCCCACCCCCCCGGAGCAGUGCACCUGGCGCUGGUGGAACUAUGUCACCUUCUACUGGUCCAUCUCCUUCACCAACUGGACCCUGGGCUCGACCAUGAUCGGUGUCGGCUUGAACUGGUGGCAGGCGAUUGUCGUCAUCUUCGUCUCCCAGCUCAUCUCCUCCAUCGCCAUGGCCUUCAACUCCCGCGCUGCCAGUGUCUACCACAUCGGAUUCCCGUGCGUGGGCCGCAGCGUGUUCGGCAUGUGGGGGAGCUACUACUUCGUCGGGGCCCGCGCCGUGCUCGCCAUCAUCUGGUUCGCCGUGCAGAUGGACUUCGGCGCCGAGUACAUGUACAACAUCCUCCGGGCCAUCUUCGGCCACCACUUCACCGACAUCCCCAACCACAUCCCGGCCAGCGCGGGCAUCACCACCCAGCGCAUGCUCGCCUUCUUCCUGUGCUGGCUGUGCCAUCUGCCCUUCUGCCACUUCCGCCCGUACCAGCUGCGCAAGUUCUUCAUCUUCAAGACCUCCAUCUCCCUGCCCGCCAUGUUCGGUCUGUUCAUCUUCGCCAUGUGCAACACCAAGGGCCAGCUGGGGACGCUGUACACGGCGGAAGCGCGCUCCUCCACGGCCACGGCCUGGAUGAUCAUCUCCGGAAUAAACAGCGGCCUGGGAAACACCGCCACCCUGAUCACCAACCAGCCCGAUUACUGCCGUUGGACGCGAACCCGCCAGGCGCCCCUCUGGACGCAGCUGAUCUCCAACCCCAUCGCCACCACCCUCUCCGCCAGUCUGGGUAUCCUCGCCACGGCCGCCAUCAACAACAAAUACGGCACUGAUAUCUGGAACCAAUGGGACAUGAUGCAGUUCAUCCUGGACCGGUACUGGUCCGGCACGACCCGGUUCGCCGUCUUCCUCGUGGCCUUCGCCUGGCUGGUGCAAAUCCUGGGCACCAACGUCGCGGCCAACAUGAUCUCCUUCGGCGCCGACUCCUCCAUGCUGUUCCCGCGAUUCAUCAACAUGCGUCGCGGCCAGUACAUCGUCGAGUGUCUCGCCUGGGCGGUCGUGCCGUGGGAGAUUCUGACCUCCGCCACCAAGUUCGAGACUUUCCUUUCCGGAUACGCCUUGUUCAUGGGUGCUGUCGUCGCCAUCAUGGUGUGCGAAUACUUCUGCUUCUCCAAGGGCAACAUCUUCAUCUCCGCCCUGUACGACGGCACAAAGCUCAACAAGAGCUACCGCUACCACAAGGGCUGGAACGUCCAGGCCGUGAUCGCGUAUAUCAUCGCCAUCGCGCUUCCUUUCCCUGGCUUCGUCGGCUCCCUCGGCGCCGACGUCUCCACCACCGCCGCCCGCCUCGGCUACCUAGGCUGGAUGCUCUCCUUCACGACCGGCUUCGUAUGCUACUACGUGAUCUGCACGUUCUGGCCGACGGAGAACCAGCGCUACAUCAAGGCGCAGGGCUACACGUGGGAGCAGACCGCGAAGGAGGACAGUCCGGAUUUCUACCUUAACGGGGCGAAUGUGGGCGGUGUGACCUGCGAGGAGGAGGUGGUGUUGGAGAAGGGCGCGGAGAAGCCUGUUUAUCGGGGGUGAAGAGGAUAAGAAAAUUUCUUGUUUUUUUUUUUUUAAUGGAUUUGCUUUUGAUGGGUAUGAGGUAUGAGAGAGAGGGGGGAUUCCUUGGAAAAAGAGAGGGGAAUAAAUGAAGGGAUUGGAUUGGAUUGGAAGGGUAUAUAUAGUAUAUAGAUGGAUGGAUAUGGUAGUAAUUUAUUUAGGUAGUAGUUAUCUACGACAUGAUACGCAACUCGACUCUACUCGACUCGACUCUGGAUUGAUAUGAAAUGAAUAAUACAUUUUUG